AACCGUUUCUAGUCGGAACAGAAUCGUGGCGUUCACUCGGAGGAGUAAACAAAGGCGCACAAACGCGUGGAAAUGUGUUUUUAUUCUCUUUUUUAACACCGUACAGUUAAACUCUCACUUUAGCAAACGUAUAAAACCAAAACGAGUGUAACUGUGUUAUUUGAAGAGCGGCAGCAUCGCGCAGGGACGAGGUUUAAUUGAAAAGUGCCGUUUCCGUGUCUCCGUGUUUCUGGCUCGUGUGUUUGUGAAUCGUUUGUGUUUCGCCCGUGUCCCCGUCGUCCCGCCGCAGGACCAUGCCCACCGUGGUGCUGAUGGACGUGUCUCUGUCCAUGACGCGUCCCGUGGCGCAGGACGGCAGCGAGGAGUUUCAGAGGAAGAACCUGGCCGUGCACGGGCUCAACAUGCUCUUUGAACACAUGGCCUCCAACUACCGCCUGGAGUUCACCGCGCUCAUGGCCUUCUCCUCGCUGUGGGAGCUGCUGGUGCCGUUCACCCGGGAUUACAAUGCUCUGCAGGAGGCUCUGAGUAAUCUGGAGGAUUAUGAUAAGACGUGUUUUGAGUCGGCGCUUCACGGCGUCAGUAACGUGGUGCAGCAGGAGUGGGGCAACGCCUGUCCCUGUCAGAUGGUGCUGGUGACCGACGGUUCUCUGGGGAUCGGGAAAGGUUCUCUCCGUCACUCGCUCCAAACCCUCAAACUCCACGGAGAAGACAAGAAGUUCCCUCUGCCGUUUCCUUUCCCGACUAAACUCUACGUGAUGUGUGUGGCCAACGCAGAGGAGUUACAGAUGACAGAUUCGAUGGAGAACCUGGAGGAGCUUCUGCGUCUGAGUGGAGGAGACGGGCAGAUCUUCACGGUGGAGGGACAGUUGUGUAUGAAGAGCGUCCAGGCCAUGUUUGGAAAGCUGAUCGACCACGCCUACUCCCCGUUCCACGCCGUCCUUCACUGUGGAAACCUGUCGUCGGACGUUCAGGUGUUUCCUCGUCCUGAGCCCAUCAUCGUGGACGAGGAGGUGGAGCCGAUGCCCCGAAGCGUCAGCUCAGAUCUGGAGAUUGUUGGAUUCGUUGAAAUCGCCGACAUCGCGAGUCCUCCUGUUAUUUCCAGACACUUGGUUUUGCCGAUCGCCGUAAACAAAGAGGUGGACGAGGUGAGCACAGGAGCCUCGGAGGAGCUGGAGGAGGAGGCCUCGUCCAGUCAGAUGGCCGGAAAGAGUCCCAACUUCUGCGUUCUCCUCCACGGCAGCCUGAAGGUCGAGGGGAUGGUGGCUCUGGUCCAGCUCGGGCCGGAGUGGUUUGGGAUGCUUUAUUCUCAGGCCGACAGUAAAAAAAAGUCCAACCUGAUGAUGUCACUGUUUGAGCCUGGACCUGAGCCUCUGCCGUGGCUCGGGAAGAUCUCACACCUGGGACCCAUCUCAGAAGCUCCGGAGAACCCGUACGGAGAAGACGACAGUAAAAGUCCUUUUCCCGUUCAGCCUCCGGUGAAACGCAGCUACGCCCAGAACGUGACGGUGUGGAUCAAAGCCAGCGGACUCCAGACGGACGUGCAGAAGAUCCUGAGGAACGCCAGGAAACUACCAGACAAAACUCAAACGUUCUACAAGGAGCUGAAUCGUUUGAGGAAAGCCGCUUUGGCGUUCGGGUUCUGGGAGCUGCUGAAGGGCGUGGCCGACCUGCUGGAGCGCGAGUGCACCCUGCUACCGGACUCCGCCCACCCCGACGCCGCCUUCCAGCUGUCGCACGCCGCCCAGCAGCUCAAACUCGCCAGCACCGGGGACUCGCAGUACGCCGCCUUCGACCACAACAUCGCCCCCAUGCACACGGACUUCUCCAGCUGAGCCCACGCACAUAAGACUCCUCCAACGACGCACACGGACUUCAACCGACGCACACGGACUUCAGCCGACGCACACGGACUUCAGCCGACGCACACGGACUUCAACCGAC